AUGACCUCGAACUCGACGCGCAAUUGGACCAAUCAGUUCGCGCAGCCGCCGUGGCGCGUGGCUCUGUGGUCGGUGGCGUACGGUUCGGUUCUGACCGUGGCCCUGUUCGGAAACCUGGUGGUCAUGUGGAUCAUCGUGGCUCACCGCAGGAUGCGCACCGUCACCAACUACUUCCUGCUGAACCUCGCCUUCUCCGACGCGUCCAUGGCCGCCUUCAACACGCUCAUUAACUUCAUUUACGCCGCGCACGGGGACUGGUACUUCGGCCAGACGUACUGCAAGUUCCACAACUUCUUCCCGGUCACCUCCGUGUUCGCCAGCAUCUACUCUAUGACCGCCAUCGCCGUGGACAGGUACAUGGCCAUCAUCCAUCCUCUGAAGCCCCGAUUAUCAGCCACAGCCACUAAAGUGGUCAUCGUGUGUAUCUGGGUUCUCGCUGUGGCUCUGGCAUUCCCUCUUUGCUUCUACUCCACCAUCAGGAGUCUGCCUCGAAGAACCAUCUGCUACGUCGCUUGGCCAAGACCAGCUGAAGAUUCAUUAAUGUACCACACCAUAGUGUCUGUGCUGGUCUACAUGCUGCCCCUAAUGGUGAUGGGAAUUGCUUACACCAUCAUCGGCGUGACACUGUGGGGAAGCAAAAUUCCAGGAGAUUCAUCAGACAACUAUCACAGCCAACUACGUGCCAAGAGGAAGGUGGUAAAGAUGAUGAUUGUUGUAGUGGUGACCUUUGCCCUUUGCUGGCUGCCAUAUCAUGUGUACUUUAUUGUCACUGGACUGAACAAACAUUUAAACAAGAGGAAAUCCAUUCAGCAGGUUUACCUCUCAGUGCUGUGGCUGGCCAUGAGCUCCACCAUGUACAACCCCAUCAUCUACUGCUGCCUCAACAACAGGUUCAGAGCUGGCUUCAAAAAGGCUUUCCGGUGGUGUCCUUUCAUCCAUGUAUCAAGUUAUGAUGAGCUGGAACUGCGUACAACGCGACUCCAUCCACAUAAUCGCAGCAGCAUGUGCACGCUGUCCCGUGUCGACACCAGCAUCCUCGGUGAUGACCCUCGCCAAGCCAACCACAAGAGCACAAAGUCUCUGAACCACAGUGAGAUCAACGGCACCAAAGCGAGUCCUCCUCCCACUAAAUACGGCCUGUAUUCUGACACAGGCUCCGCCUCCAAGCACUUUGACUGA